AUGUAUGUAAAUUUAGCUAAACAACAACAAAAUAAGCUUAAUUUAAUUUAUUAUAAUCAUAAUCGUUUCAAUAUUAAUAAUAGAUGUUUAAAAGUUAAUAAUAAUAAUAAUUUAAACACUACUGCUUUGUUGGUAAGUGGUGGUGUUGGUGGUGGUGGUAAUGGUGGUGGUUUACCAACAUUGUCUUUAACACAAAACUGUCGAAAUUUCAGUAGUGACAACAGCAGUAACAGUAAUAGUAAAACAAGUAAAACGAAAGUUGAUACUUCAACAGAAUCCACUACGGAGAAACAACAACAAAGUCAACAUGAAACACCCGCAAUGUUACAAUAUCAUCAUUUCAAACAGAAGUAUCCAAAACAUAUACUUUUAUUUAGAAUAGGUGAUUUCUAUGAGAUGUUCUAUGAUGAUGCCAAAGAAGUUUCUUCACUCUUACACAUUACAUUAACAACAAGAGGUAUAAAGUCAACAAAGAAUGAAAUACCAAUGUGUGGAUUUCCUCAGCACGCUGCAGAGACCUAUAUUGAAAAGUUGAUAAGACAUGGAAAGACUGUGGCCGUUUGUGAUCAGGUGGAAGAUGUGAAAUCUAGAAGUGGCAGAGGCAGCAAGGUUGUCAAGCGAGAGGUCGUUCGUGUCUACACUCCAGGCACUGUUACAGAAGAUCGAUUCCUCCAACAGUAUCACCACCAAAAUAACUAUCUCCUCUCUAUAGUGCCAAUUGGUAUCAAACAGAAAUCACUAUCAACACUGCCAAACAACCAUCAAUUCACCUCCACUCAGAGAUUUGCACUUUCAUGGUUGGACAUUAGUACGGGUUCAUUCAAUGUUUCUGAAACUACAUUCGAUUGUUUGGCGGGAGAAUUAGUAAAGAUAUCACCAUCUGAAAUAUUGAUAUCACAAAAACUUGUGGAGUGUGAUCAAUUAAACGCGAUUUUGAAACCUUAUCAUUUGAGUAGUUCAGAGGAUUGUUCUAUUUUCUACUUUGAUAAGAAUAGAGAGAUGUUUCAGGAAGCGUAUGGCGAUGACUAUAUAGAUGUGGAGGAUCAGUUUCCACAGUUCUCUACCGAUCAACUUGGAUGUAUUGGUUCCAUCUUGAACUAUGUAUUCAGUACACAACUUGGUGUGAUACCUCACAUCGAUCUACCACAAUCCUACUCAACUCAAACCUCAAUGUUUAUCGAUCAUUCCACCAGAAAUUCAUUGGAAAUCACCAAAACAUUCCAAGGCAUCAGAAAAGGAAGUCUACUCGAUACCAUUGACAAAACAAUAACAUCAACUGGAAGUAGAUUACUUCAUUCAAGAAUACAGUCACCAUGUCUAUCAAUAGUGGAAAUCAAUCAACGUUUAAAUUUAGUUCAGUAUUUCCAGGAGAGACCGGACUUGAUCAAAGAGAUUCGAAAACUUUUGAUGAGAUGCUAUGAUUUGGAGAGAUGUAUUCAAAGAGUUUAUAUUAAACGCGCUGGACCAAGAGAUUUGUCAUCGAUCGGCUCAACUUUGGCGUCGCUAUCCUACAUCAAAGCAAUGCUCUCUGAUAGCCUGAAAAAGAAACAAAAAGCAGGACACUCGCAAUUCGAUCGUGAUAUCAAACACCUCAUCGAUGGAAUAGCAAACUUUGAUGAACUAUUGGAUACUCUCUCAGAGGCAUUGGUAGACAAUCCUCCUUUUAUUCUAUCGGACGGUGGAUUCAUCCAGCCUGGCUAUUCAAAGGAGCUAGACGAACUGAUGAGCUUACAAACCCAGAGUAAAUCAGUGAUUGAACAACUCCAAAUGGAUACGAGAAAACAACUCUCUAUACCCUCAUUGAAAAUCAAACAUAAUCAAUCUCUUGGCUAUUACAUAGAGAUACUUUCAGCACAUCGUGAAAAGAUUCCCAAGCAUUUCAUUCAUGCUCAGACUCUGAUGAGUCACAUGAGAUUCAAAUCCAGUCAGCUCUAUGAGCUGGAGGAGAAAAUUAAUCGGUCUUCAGCAAUGGCGUUAGAGUUGGAGCAAAAGAUCUUCAAUCAACUAGCUGAUAAAAUCUCUGAAUCCUACGGUGAAAAGAUAAAAAAAGCCAGUCAAUCUUUGGCCAACAUAGAUAUUUCAUGUUCAUUGGCGCUAGUUGCAAUCGAAAGAAGUUAUACAAGACCAAUACUAACUGAAAAUCCUAUUUUAAAUAUUGUUGGUGGUAGACAUCCAACUGUAGAAUAUGCACAACUAGUUAAAACUGGUACAAUGAAACAAUUUAUUACAAACGAUUGUCAUUUGGAUAGUCAAAAAGAUUCACUGCUAUGGUUAAUAACUGGUCCGAAUAUGGGUGGUAAAAGUACAUUCCUUAGACAAAACGCAUUAAUAUCAAUUAUGUCACAGAUUGGUAGUUUUGUACCAGCGGAUAGAGCUGAAGUUGGUAUAAUGGAUAGUAUCUUCAGUAGAGUUGGAUCCAGUGAUGAUCUAGCAAACGAUCGAUCUACUUUUAUGGUUGAAAUGAUAGAGACUGCAUCGAUUCUGAAAAAAGCUACACAAAGAUCGUUUGUCAUUAUGGAUGAAGUCGGACGAGGUACUGCCACCUUGGAUGGUCUUGCCAUUGCACAAUCGAUCAUUGAAUAUCUGGAAUCGAUUAAAUGUAGAACUCUUUUUGCAACACAUUACCAUGAACUCACAAAGUUGGCAACCGUAAUGAAAAAGAUCAAAUGUCAUGCGCUUGCUGUAAAAGAAGAGAAUGGUGAACUUUUGUUUACCCACAAGAUUAUGCCCGGUGUUUCAAACAAAUCCUAUGGAAUAUUUUGUGCUCAACUGGCUGGAAUGCCACCAACCAUUAUCAAAAGAGCAAAAGAAUUGCUUUUAAAAUUAGAGUCGGAUAAAUAG